AUGGCUGCUGCAGCAGAGAUGAACUGCACCGCCAGAAGCUUUGUGAACCAGGCACUGGCGAGUGUGAUGAAACAGCUGCGCUCCACAGGAGUACACGAGGAUGCUGUCGAGAGUGAGCUGUCUUACCACUUUGACCCUGGCUAUUCAUUUGGCGAGCAGCAAUCUGAGUGCAAACUCUUCGGCAACCAAAGGGUAUGA